AGAGAGAGAGAUGUACCGGUCGCUGACCGUGGUGCUGAAAGCGCUUCCCAACCUCUCCAUGCUUUUACGCACAGCCUCGGUCUGCGUUCUUAUGUUCAAAUAAACAUUUAUUGUAGACAUGGGUCUUUGAUAAGGUGCUGGUUACGAUUUUACUUCAUCACAAGUAAAUUAGUAUGAUUGAAAUUAUUUUAGUGGAGUUAUUUUACAGUAUAGCUGUUCAACAGCACUAGACUAUUUUGAAUGGCCAACCGUUGUAAAACUUGAUGGAGCUCACCAGUGUAAUUCCAUCGUUUAGACUCAGAGGGACGCUGUUGGUCAAGAUUUCUUUGCUGAUGAUCUCACACAACCCUGUCACGCAUUGUACCUCCCCCACCAGUCUUGUAUAACCGAAGUGCAAGAAGGACGUGGACGACGCAGUGUUCACCAAACACUGUAUUGUGUUUGAGAUUAUCAGGAGAUAGAUACGUGUAACUUUCCAUUCCUCAACUGCAAGUAUGGAUAAUCACCGAUUCUUGUGGAUUGCACCGUCGUGGAUUGUGGCAUUUUCUGCCAAAAGAAUAGCGUGGCACAUCCUUUUGUUCUUGUCGGCCAUCGCACCGAGAGCAGCGUACGGCCAAGUCAGCUACUCCAUCGCAGAGGAAAUGGCUAAAGGCUCCUUUGUUGGUAAUAUAGCACAGGAUUUGGGACUGGACUUGAAAAGACUGAAAUCAGGUAAAGCUCGAAUUUAUACAACUGAUAGUACAGAAUACAUCGAGCUGAACAGAGAAAGGGGAGUACUCGUCAUCAAAGAGAGGAUAGACAGAGAGUCAUUGUGCGGGCAGACAACGCCUUGCGCACUACACUUUCAAAUUAUUCUGGAAAAUCCGAUGGAACUGUACAGGGUUACUGUAGAGAUUGUCGAUGUAAAUGACAACGCGCCUACUUUUAAAAAUAAUGAGAAGCGUUUUGAAAUAAGCGAGUCCGCUGUGAUAGGAUCCAAAUUCGUGUUAGAGAAAGCGAUGGAUUUAGAUAUAGGUACAAAUGGACUUCAGAGUUACACAUUAAACCCGACAGAUAAUUUUGUGUUGAAACUACACAACCAAGCUGACGGGAGUAAAAAGGUGGAGAUGCUUUUACAGAAACCGCUAGAUCGAGAGAAGGAGGAAAACAUGGCGCUCCUUCUGACUGCUAUGGAUGGCGGUGAUCCCCUUAUGUCAGGGACAGUGCAAAUAUCCAUUACCGUGUUAGAUAUUAACGACAACGCCCCUGUAUUUUCCAAGUCUGUCUAUAAAAGCAUAAUAGCUGAAAAUUCUCCCAAGGGAACAUUAGUCACUUCAGUUAGUGCGUCAGAUGCAGAUAAGGGAGGCAAUGGGGAAGUGAGUUACUUAAUUUCAAACACACUCGACGGUGUAUCUGAGUUGUUUCAUAUAAAGGAAAAUGGCGACGUUAUUUUAGAGGGCAAGAUUGACUACGAAGCAGCCAAGUUUUAUCAGAUUGAUAUAGAGGCCGUUGAUAAUGGUGGCUUGUCAGACUCAAGCAGACUAAUCGUAGAUGUGACAGACGUAAAUGAUAACAGCCCUGUUAUUAACGUUGUAUCAAAAUCGACCUCAAUAAACGAGGACUCUGCUACAAACACAAUUGUAGCUAUGAUUAGUGUGGAUGAUCCCGACUCGGACACAAAUGGUCAGGUGCACUGUGGAAUAAAUGACAACAUUCCAUUCACUAUCAAGUCAACAUCGAAUGGCUUUUACAGUAUAGUUACUGACAGCGCACUCGACAGGGAAACAGACUCAGAGUAUAAUAUUACCCUUAUGUGUUCCGAUGAAGGAGUCCCAUCGCUGUCCAGUAACAUCACUCUCAAGUUACAGAUUACAGAUGUUAAUGACAACGCGCCUUUGUUUCAAAAGAGCUCGUAUGAAGCAUCUAUUGUUGAAAACAACUCCCCAGGCCUCUCUGUAUUUGCCGUCAGGGCUGUCGAUGCCGACUGGAAGCAGAAUGCCCGCGUUUCCUAUAUACUGGAUGAGAGUGUGAUUAAUGGAGUGGCCAUCUCUUCUUAUGUGUCAGUUAAUGCUGAGAGUGGGGUCAUACACGCAGUGCGCUCUUUUGAUUACGAACAGAUAAAAGACUUUCAGUUCCGGGUCAGGGCCCAAGAUGGAGGCUCUCCACCAUUAAGCAGUAAUGUUAGUGUUAAAAUAAUCAUACAAGACCAAAAUGACAACGUACCGCAGAUUCUGUAUCCUGUACAGACAAGCAGCUCUGCAGUGGCUGAAAUUGUGCCUCGUUCAGCAGAUAUAGGCUAUCUGGUCACUAAAGUGGUGGCUGUAGAUGUGGACUCUGGUCAGAAUGCCUGGCUCUCUUAUAAACUACAGAAAGCGACAGACAGGGCUCUGUUUGAAGUGGGCGCACAGAAUGGAGAAAUAAGAACCAUCAGACAGGUGACUGAUAAAGAUGCUGUGAAGCAAAAGCUGACUGUUGUAGUGGAGGACAACGGACAGCCCUCUCGCUCUGCUACUGUGAAUGUCAACGUGGCUUUAGCUGACAGCUUUCCAGAAAUGCUCUCUGAGUUCACCGAAUUUACGCACGACAAGGAGUACAAUGACAACCUGACUUUUUAUCUUGUCUUGGCCUUAGCAGUAGUUUCAUUUCUCUUCAUCGUGUCCAUCAUCGCCAUUCUGUCAGUGAAGUGCUACAGAUGGAGACGCGAGAGGAUGUUUUACAAAUCAAAUGGACAGCUCCCGGUUAUCCCAUAUUACCCGCCACUUUACGCAGACGUUGGGGGCACGGGUACUUUGCAGCACGUGUACAACUAUGAACAUUACAGAACAACAGACUCCAGGAAGAGUGAUAUGAAGUAUGUCAGACCUUGCAAUCAAAGCAUCCUCAGUCUGGAUAACACUGACAUACAGACACUUCCGCACGCGCACAGCGAGAAACUGAUAGACGAUUCUGGGGAUCAGGUGAGAAGUUUAUAUUAUUUUUCACCAUUCCGUGUCACUAAAAUGUAACCAUUUGUAUUUUGCUAUGUAAAACAAAUCGUGUUUAUUAUAAUAUGUCACACUACACAGCAAUUACAUCACCACCACACUAAUAUUCAGCUUGCACAUCCUAUCUUUAAUCUGCUAUGCGAUUCAAGGUUUUCCCCCGCAGACGUAACGCUUUGAAUAUGGCAUGUUACUUCGUUUCAUAAUUUGUUUGCAUGGAUAUGAUUGGCGGCUUUUGUUACCAUUCACUCUGAUCUUCAGUUAUUUAUGUAUUCACUUUAAGUGGAAUUGUGUGUGGGCUUGAAUAAGUAUUGGAAGCAUGUUUUGCGUAAGUUCCGUCUUCGUUUCACUUGGUAAACACAUGGACUUGCAGAGGUGCAGUUCAUCUCAUUCAACUCAAAGGGACGCUGUUGGCCAGCAGUUUGUGAGUGUAGCCCGUCGUUAUAAUGCAUCCUCCCUUUUUCAUCUCCUC